GGAUCCUGGUCCAUUCCACCCUCGAUGGCCUUCACUCGAGCCCAGAAACGUGCGAAAACGCCACAUCUACCGACAGAGCUACUUGCCGCGAUUGCACGCCAAUUGUCGUUGGAUGAACUGACGUCCCUUUGUCGAGCCAACAGACAGUUGCACGAAAUUGCCAUCCGCGAGCUCUAUCGGAGCAUGCACAUAUCGUUCUGCGCGUCCAACUCCCGUUUCGGCUCAAGUUCUUCCAAGUCAAGCAAGACGGAGUUGGUUAGGGUAAAGAAGACAAACUUGUCUGAAGACAUGCGUCGUCUAUGCGAGACCUUGCUCGGAGACUCUGAAAAAGCAGGUCAAGUUCAAUGCAUUGUACUGAAAAAUAUCGACGCUGCGAUGUCGGACUCCCAGUUGUUGGUAGACGCUUUGACGAAGUUGCCAUCUCUGAAAGUGCUCCGCAUCUCCUAUCGUGGGUCUUGGAAUUUUCAUCCACCAUCGUCUGUGUCGGUCAAAAAACCUAUCAAUCGUUGGGAGAAAUUCUUCAGUGGUGCCGCUACUCCCCUCCUCCGAACCCUCGAGCUGCACGUGGAUGAUAUCAAACCAAGUUCCCUGCUCGCGUUCCUGCGUUUACAUCCUUCACUGGAAGCUAUCGAUUUUCAUUCGGCUGUCCAGUAUAAGACGUGCGCGACGAAGGGGAUCCAUUCCGACUCACUUCCUCAGCUCUCGUGCCUCUCGUGCCCUGUCAACUGGCUUCGUUGGAUGCCGUCUAGCGGUUCUCUGACGACUCUGUCGUUGUACGGCAUAAUUAAAGUCGGAACUCACGAUUCGCUGCUCCUCACAAAAGAAAAAUUACGUCCUUUGACAAGCAUACCCAGCUUGAAACAUUUAUCAAUCCACCUUGCGUCUUCUCCAAAGGGCACGAAUUUGAUCACGUGCAUUGGGAGCUUUGUCCCGGAAUUGGAGGAAUUAGUCAUUAAAUUGUCCCUUUGCCUUUGUGCGGCGUAUUUUUUAUCGGAUAUGUCCAACAUAGAGUUUCUGUCCUCCUUCUCAACCUUCAAGAAACUUUCGUUCUUAAAAGUCACAGUCGAUAAACGUCAGCCUCUACAACGUGCCAUUUUGGCUCUUCAUCAGAAAAGGUUGGGAAAUGGUCAGAGAUUGAAAACGAUAAGCGACGAAUGUUCGACACUGGAUCAGAUCGUUCUACAAGGAGGAUGUCACGUUCGCGAGAUUU